UAACCGUUUCUAAUCAGGAUUUGAGACUUCUAUCACCAGAACGCAUCGACGAAACGAAAAAGGAAAAGAUGAAGAAAGAAGAAACAGUGAAACUGAUCAGUUCCGAGGGUUUCGAAUUCGUGGUUGACAAAGAAGCUGCCAUGGUUUCUCAGACCAUUCGCAACAUGCUUACUUCUCCAGGGAGUUUCGCUGAAAGCCAGCACGGAGAAGUGACUUUUCCUGAGAUCAGUACCACUAUUCUUGAGAAGAUUUGUCAGUAUUUUUACUGGCAUCUUGAAUUCGCCAGUGGAAAGGACAGAGAGUUUCCUAUUGAACCGGAAUUAACUCUGGAGUUAAUGAUGGCUGCCAAUUACCUACAUACUUGAGCACAUUCACUUCCCAAAGGUUGGCGUCCUUUUCAUUAUUGCUGUAAUGCAGAAGAAACUGUUGCUUUGCUGGGCUCUGUAAAAAUAUAAGCUACUAUUGUCUGUUAUCUCGUUAUAAACUAGAAUAUACAUGUAAUGGAAGUGUGGACUACUCUUAUUUCUUUGUAGUCUUUUAGUUUUGGGCUUCGACCCUUAAUAUUUGUUGAAAGUAAUAUGAUAGGCUGAUAGCUAGACUCAGCUGUUAGACUGACCUGAUUGAUAAUAUGAUGGUUAGAUUCAGUUGUUAGACUGACCUGAUUGAUGCCA